AUGUCUCUUCAAUCCUACAUUGACAAGAAAGUUCUUGUCAUUACCGUCGAUGGGCGCACACUUGUUGGUACUUUACUAUCCUGCGACCAAGUCACCAAUAUUGUUCUCAACGAUACUGUGGAGCGCAUCAUUCGCCCAGCAGACGACCCCGAACCAAGUUCCCAGGUCAGCCAUGGCCUCUAUCUUGUAAGAGGUGACAACAUCACCAUCGUGGGUCUAGUCGAUGAAGAGUUGGACGACAGUAUAGACUGGGAGAAAGUCAGAGGCGAAGUUAUCGGCACCACGAAACAUGUGUGA